AUGGCACAUUCCACACCUGCCAAACAAAAAGUUGUCAUCGUGGGCGCAGGCCCGGUGGGGUCCCUUGCAGCUCUCUAUGCAGCAGCCCGAGGCGACGUUGUUGAAGUAUAUGAGCUACGUGGAGAUCUGCGUGACCCGGCGACUAUCCCGUUGAACUUCACCAAGUCUAUCAAUUUAGCACUGUCGGAGCGAGGCAUCAACGCCAUGAGGGAGUCGCACCGCGAUGAACUCAUCGACCGGGUUCUCGCGGAUUCAAUCCCCAUGCAUGGACGCAUGAUCCACGGCCGGACGGAUGGCAAGCUUUGGGAAGCUGCUCAAGCAUACGAUGUUCACGGCCGAGCAAUCAACGCAGUCGACCGCGGCACCCUGAACAACGCCCUUCUGGAUGAGUUGGAGCAGACCCCCAACGUGCGACUCUUCUUCAACCACAAGCUCGUCGGGGCCGACUUCCGCGCCAACCGGGCCUGGUUCGAACGGCGCGACCCCGGGAGCAAUCCCUACGACAAAGCUACAGAAGUCGAAGCGACCUUCGACCUCCUCAUCGGCGCGGACGGGGCCCACUCGGCGGCGCGCUACCACAUGAUGAAGUUCGCCCGCGUCGACUACCAGCAAGAGUACAUCGACACGCUGUGGUGCGAGUUCCGCAUCCCGCCGUCCCCGACGACCAACGACUUCCUCAUCUCCCCGAACCACCUGCACAUCUGGCCCGGCAAGGAAUUCAUGUUCAUUGCCAUCCCGUCGGCCGAUCGGUCCUUCACCUGCACGCUCUUCGCGCCCGCCGACCACUACGAUACCCUCUCGGCCAGCUCCCCCGACCGACUAAUCGAGUUCUUCGACACCAACUUCCCCGGGGUGUGCCCGGACCUCAUCACCCCGGAGGCCCUGCACGAACAGUUCACGACCAACCAGCACCUGCCCCUCAUCAGCCUCAAAUGCAAACCCCACCACUACGACGCCAGCGUCGUCGUCGUCGGCGACGCCGCGCACGCUGUCCUCCCGUUCUACGGCCAGGGCCUCAACGCCGGGUUGGAGGACAUCCGGACGCUGUUCGACAUCCUGGAUCGACACGGGGUCUACAGCAACAGCUUCAGCCCGGGGAUGCAGGACGACCCCGAGCGCCGCCGGGAGGCCCGCCGGCGCGCGCUGCAGGCCUACACGGACCAGCGCGCGGCCGACACGCACGCCAUCAACGACCUCUCGAAGCAGAACUUCCUCGAGAUGCGCUGGGGCGUCAAGUCCCCGCUGUACAGGCUGCGCAAGGCCGUCGAGGAGUCCAUGGACCGCUACCUGCCCGGUCUGGGCUGGCAGACGCAGUACACCCGCGUCAGCUUCAGCAACCAGCGGUACUCGGAGGUGGUGCAGGCCGUGCGCAGACAAGGUCGCCUGCUGGGCUUGGGGCUCGGCGCCGCGGCCCUGGUGGCCGGUCUGUCGGCGGUGGCGGUGAGUCUGCAGUUCUGGAGGCGACGGCCGGCUCCCCGCUCGCUGUGGGCGGUUCUUCGCAAUGUCUGGCGCGAGGCAGGAGCGUGGCUUUGA